GGGAGAUCAUCAUGUUCGCUAAGGUGCGUGGUUCAGGGGAUGGUGGUGAUUAUUGUGAUUUAUAUGGUGACUGGUGUUGGUUUUUUGAUACUAAAGCCCGCUACAGAUGGUGCGUGAUAACGAAUUUCGUUGUUUAUGGGAAAAGUGCGGUGCGUCGACACAUCAAAUCGAUUAAUUAGAAAAAAUGUUGAUUCGCCAUUUGUUUCCUGAUGAAAAUGACGCUGUGUAUCUAGUCGAUGAGAUACCAAUUUUUGACAAACCAUCGAAGUGAUGAUACAUGUACUAUCAGUAGCGAGCUUUAGUCAGAGUUGAUCUUAUGUCUGGCUAUCUGUCAAAUUUGUUACCCAUUCAAAUUAAUUUCAAGAUCGUCGCUUUAUUCGCCCUAGUGGCAUGCACGCAGGCAGGCUUUAUUGGAGCCGGACAUGGUUAUGGCCAUGGUCUGGGCCAUGGAGCUGCUAUUGUAGCUGCCCCCGUUGCUGUCGCGGCACCUGUUCACCACUCCGUCGACUACUAUGCAUACCCUAAAUACGAAUUCAACUACGGAGUAGCUGACGGACACACCGGCGACCACAAGAGCCAGCACGAAUCCAGAGACGGAGAUGUAGUCAAGGGCAGUUACACCGUUGCCGAACCUGACGGUACCUUAAGGACUGUCCACUACACUGCUGACGACCACAACGGUUUCAACGCGGUUGUAACAAGGACUGGACAUGCACACCACCCACAGGUUGUCCACAAGGCCAUCGCUGUAGCCCCAAUCGCCUAUGCCCAUGGUGAUCUAGGUCUAGGACACGGAUACGGAGGACAUGGUUAUGGACAUCAUUAAUAAUGACAUCUAGGAUCGCCAAUUAUAGUAUUUGUUUCGUAUGUUGCUCAUAUUCGCGCGUGUGUAUAUACCUCAUCUCAUGAUUAUCUCAUUUCUCUUCUCUGUGUUGUGUUAGCGUAUACGGUGUAUAGGAUGAGUAUGCCAUAUUUAUUUUCUGUGUUUGUAUUUAGUCAAUAAAAGAAUGUGACACUUUUGUAAA